AUGGUGCAUUCGAACACAACAACCGUUAACAUACUCGAGGUGGUCCGAGUUAGCCCACCACCGGCUACUGACUCGCUCACACUCCCACUCACUUUCUUCGACUUAGGUUGGCUCAAACUCCACCCCGUUGACCGUGUUCUUUUCUACCGCGUCCCCGAGUUGACUCGCUCUUCCUUACUCGCUAAACUCAAGUCCUCUCUCUCCACCACGCUCCUCCACUAUCUCCCACUCGCCGGCCGCCUUGUGUGGGACCUAACUAACACCAAACCGUCCAUCGUCUAUUCUCCUGACGACGAUGAUGCCGUGUACCUCACGGUAGCUGAAUCCAAUGGUGAUCUAACCCGUUUGGCCCGUGACGAACCUCGUCCCGCCACCGCGUUUCAUCCUUUAGUCCCCGAGUUACAUGUUUCCAAUGAGUCGACUCGCGUUUUCGCCGUUCAGAUAACGUUCUUCUCGAAUCAAGGGUUUUGUCUAGGCCUAACCGCACAUCAUGCUGUUUUGGACGGUAAAACAAUAUCCAUGUUUCUCAAAGCAUGGUCUCACAAUUGUAAACAAGAACAACAAGAAUGUGGUCUUGAUGCUGCUCUACCGCACGAUCUAAUCCCUUUUAUGGAUCGUACGGUAGUCCAAGAUCCAACAGGAAUCGCGACCAAACUCUUAACCCGGUGGGUUUCGGCUUCUAACAACAAACGAAGCUUAAAAAUGUUUCCGUCCAAGGUUAUCGGAGACGACGUGGUCCGUGUCACGCUCCGGUUAACACUUGAGAACAUACAGAAGCUACGCGAACGAGUCCUCGAGAGACGAGCGGAGAUGCAUUUGUCGACGUUUGUUAUCACUUACGCUUACGUUAUAACUUGUAUGGUGAAGGCUCGUGGAGGUGACCCCACCCGGCUAGUGUGUGUGGGUUUCGCCUCCGACUUCCGGUCCCGGUUAAACCCUCCGUUACCUUCGACGUACUUCGGCAACUGCAUUGUCGGGUCAGGAGAUUUCGACUUAAAAGCAGAGCCGAUUUUGGAAGAAGGAGAAGGAAAAGGGUUUGUAUCGGCGGUGAAAAGUGUGAGUGGUUGGGUCAAGGGUUUGUGUCCGGAGAAUAUAGAGGAGAGUAUGCUUUCACCGUUCGAGGCGUUUAAAAGGAUGGAACCGGGUAGACAGAUGAUUUCGGUUGCCGGGUCGACCCGAUUGGGAAUAUACGGGUCGGAUUUCGGGUGGGGAAAGCCGGUGAAGGUAGAGAUAGUGACGAUCGAUAAGGACGAGUCGGUUUCGUUGUCGGAGAGUGGAGAUGGAACCGGUGGUGUUGAGAUUGGGGUUUGUUUGAAGAAAGAUGAUGUUGAACGUUUUGGUUCGUUAUUUUCAACCGGUUUAAAAAAACUAAAUAUCUAA